GGCAGAGCGGCUCGAUGAGGUCCACACCGUCAGCUUUCUUAGUCGCGGCAGUGCCUUCACGGGUGCUCCCGGUGUUGGUGGUGGGUCCUUCCUUCCCGUCCCAAUCGUUUCGUCCCGCUUCCCCUGCUACAGAGGAGUCGGGGCUGGAAGGGAGAAAAAGGGACCCCCAGGGCUAGACAGCUGCCCACCCGAGGCGGAGGCAGGCGCGGCGCCCCAGGGGAGGCGACGGCGUCCGGCACAUUCCCCGGCAGUGGGAGGGCGCCGGGAGAGGAGAAGCUGGGGAGCAUCUCCGAGCCGGGGCUGACUCCCGAGGAGCGAGGGAGGGACACAGAGAGCGGGAGAAACCGCCGCCUCUCACUUAUACACCCGUCCCCAAAUUUUAAGGACUAGGGCGGGGAAAAAGAAAACUGAGGACCUGAGCUGGGACUUCCCACCGGAGCGAUUGAAAAGGAGCAAAAGCAGGCAUCAAGGGGGGGGGGGGGGGGGGGGAAGGCAGUGACAUCCCAAGGAGAGUCCCCCUGCUUCACUCCCCGCAGUCGCUGCGUGCCCGCCGCCGCCUCAGGAUGUGGGUGCCGCUGCUGCUGCUGCUGCUGCCGGAGCUGCUCCCCGCCGUGCCGGCACAGAAGCUCUCCGCCCUCACGUUUUUGAGAGUGGACCAAGAUAAAGACAGAGAAUGCAGCCUGGACUGUGCAGGUUCCCCUCAGAAAUCACUCUGUGCAUCUGAUGGAAGAACUUUUCUGUCCCGGUGUGAAUUUCAACGAGCAAAAUGCAAAGAUCCUCAGCUGGAAAUAGCCUAUCGAGGCAAUUGCAAAGAUGUUUCCAGAUGUGUGGCUGAGAGGAAGUAUACCCAGGAACAAGCUCGUAAAGAAUUUCAACAAGUGUUUAUCCCAGAAUGCAAUGAUGAUGGCACAUAUAGUCAGGUUCAGUGCCAUAGUUACACUGGAUACUGCUGGUGUGUCACUGCCAAUGGUCGUCCUAUCAGUGGUACUGCUGUGGCCCACAAAACUCCCCGCUGCCCAGGUUCAGUGAGUGAGAAGCUGCCACAACGAGAAGGUGCAGGCAAAACAGUCUCCUUGCAAAUCUUUUCCAUUCUGAAUUCAGAUGAUGCCUCAGCUCCUGCACUGGAGACUCAGCCUCAAGGUGAUGAAGAAGAUAUAGCUUCUCGUUAUCCUACACUGUGGACUGAACAAGUAAAGAGUAGACAAAACAAAACCAAUAAAAGCUCAGCAUCAUCAUGUGAUCAAGAACUUCAAUCAGCCCUGGAGGAAGCUAAACAGCCCCAGAAAGACAAUGUGUUCAUUCCAGAGUGUGCUCAGGGUGGCCUCUACAAACCAGUGCAGUGCCAUCCUUCCACAGGCUACUGCUGGUGUGUUCUGGUGGAUACGGGACGUCCCAUCCCUGGUACAUCAACAAGGUAUGAACAACCUAAAUGUGAUAAUGGUGCCAGAGCUCACCCAACAAAAACAAAGGAUUUGUACAGAGGACGCCAGCUUCAAGGUUGUCCUGGGGCCAAGAAGAAUGAGUUCCUGACUAGUGUUUUGGAUGCAUUGUCCACAGACAUGGUGCACGCAGUCUCUGAUCCAUCCUUGUCUUCUAGCCGGGUUUCAGAGCCUGAUCCAAAUCAUACUCUGGAAGAGAGAGUGGUCCAUUGGUAUUUCAAACAGCUAGAUAAAAAUUCCAGUGGGGAUAUUGGCAAGAAAGAAAUCAAACCCUUUAAGAGAUUCCUGAGAAAGAAAUCAAAGCCCAAAAAGUGUGUGAAGAAAUUUGUGGAAUACUGUGAUCUGAACAACGAUAAGUCCCUGUCAGUUCAAGAAUUAAUGGGCUGCUUGGGAGUAACAAAAGAAGAAGGUAAAACAGAAACAAAGAAACGCCAUACGGCCCCUAAAACCAACACUGAGAGCACUUCAUCCAGCAGGCAGGUUUCUAAGAAGCAAGGGUGAACAUCUUACCGAUCCAAGGCAGAUCUCUUUGACAUGUGGGAGAUUUCCUCACCAAAAGGCAAUAAAAACAACUGUAGUAUUUGCACUUUGUACUUAAAAAUGUAAAUUCACUUUGUAGAAAUGAAAUAUUUAAGCAGACUUUUUUUAAUCUGUGAAAAUGUAAUGACUAGUUUUGAAAAAUUAUCACAUACAAUGUAUGUGUAUUCUUUUGUUGUCUGAAAUAUGUAAAACAUGUUGGAGAUGUAAAAGUUUGCAUUUAAAUCAUUUUUUAGAAAAUAACUUUUUGGUAAAAAGUAGCAUAGAAACCUGAUUCUAUGUAUUUUGGUUUCAAUAAUAUGCCUCAUUUUUCUUAAAAAUGUCAUUUAAGUAAAGUUAUACUGAAAAGUCUACUGUAUUCUCAAUUUUUUUCCAAACAGUGUUGAAAAUUUCAGGUUUGUAGGACUGAGAGAAUUAUGUAAAUUGCUGUUUACUUAGUUUUGCAGUUUUUUCAUUGGUGGCAAUAUUUUAUGUUGUUUUGUUUUUAUUGUAAUUAUUAGGCUUUCCAAAGAUCAUGCAAUGAGAAUACUACCACUAAUGGAUUAAAAAAACAGUUAUUCUACUUGGGAUGUUUAUAGAAAAAUGUAUCCUUUUAUCCAUUUUUAAAAUUCCUUUUAUUAUAAAUUUUAGUAGGAUUUUUCUCCUGUUUGCUUUCACUUGGGAUAUUAGUACAGCAAAUCAAAAAGGAGUAAAGUGGAUUGGAUUGUAAUGUCACUCCUGUCUGGUUCAGCAUGGGCCUAAAAGCAUGUUUCUGUGGUCAGUGUAAAGCAGCAGCAGAGUUUAUAUGGGUCAGAAUUUAAAUCUUGCUAUAGAGAUGGGGAAUGUCAAGCAGAUGGUUCAAUCUUUUUUCACCCCACACCCUAUCAACUCUUUAGCUUGCCUCAGGGUCCACUAGAGGUAAAGCUGAACAGCAGUUACCCUCAGGAGGGGCUACUCACAUCACCCCUACCUGAGACUUUUUCCUUGCUGUCUGAAAGAAAUUUUCAUAAGUUCUCAUACCUUCUCUGUCAUUUUUUCCCCGUGAUGCUUUUUCUUUUGGUAUUUGUGUCUGAGGGGAAUAAGAACUUGCAGAUAUAAAUUUAGGGCAGGGUACCCAAGUGAAAAAAAGCACUGCUUUUGAACAAUUGUGAGUUACAAGUAGCUGAAUUGAUCAAUGCAGUGGUAGAAGGACUGCUGGCAUCUAGGAGCUGACAAGGGAAGGUAGGAAUGUUGCAACAAGCAGCGAUUUCAUUCUGGUUUGUUUAAACAAUGUAUGGGAACUCACAUGUGACUAGCAAAUCAUAAUAGCACCUUGGCUUGAACUUGUACCUGGUGAAGCUUUUUUGCUAAUAAAAAUGUUUCAUUUCAAUUCUGACAUAUACUGAAGUGACAGGAAACACUGUAAGAAACGGAAUCGUACCCCAGAAAUUAUGUACUCUAAGCUUUGGUAGCAGGAGAAACCAAGAUGCACCUGUGUGUUAUCUUGUAUUUUUGUUUUAAAAAGUAUUUGUUAUUCUUUGAUACUGUUAAACUUUGAAUUUAAUCUUCUUUAUAGAUUAAAGGUCAGUAUGUUAUCAAA